GUCCGGGCCGCGGCCAUGGCUGCCGCCUGGCCCUGGCUGCUGCUGUGGCUGGGGGCGGGCGCCCUCCCGGCCCCGCCGCGCAUCCGGCUGCCGCUGCGGGGCGGCGCGGCCCCGCCGCCGGGUCCUCGGGCGCGCCGGGCGCCGGAGGAGGCCGAGCGCAGCGGCGGCGGCUUCGUGGACAUGAUCGACAACCUGCGGGGCAAGUCCGGGCAGGGCUACUACGUGGAGAUGACGGUGGGCAGCCCCCCGCAGAAGCUGAACAUCCUGGUGGACACAGGGAGCAGUAACUUCGCUGUCGGAGCUGCACCUCACCCCUUCCUCCGGAGAUACUACCAGCGGCAGCUGUCCAGCACCUACCGCGACCUGCGGAAGGGUGUGUAUGUGCCCUACACCCAGGGCAAGUGGGAAGGGGAGCUGGGCACCGACCUUGUCACCAUUCCCCACGGCCCCAACGUCACCGUCAGAGCCAACAUCGCUGCCAUCACGGAGUCAGACAAGUUCUUCAUCAACGGCUCCAACUGGGAAGGGAUCCUGGGGCUGGCGUACGCCGAGAUCGCCCGGCCCGACGACAGCCUGGAGCCCUUCUUUGACUCCCUGGUGAAGCAGACCCGGGUGCCCAACAUCUUCUCCCUUCAGCUUUGCGGGGCAGGCUUCUCCCCCAACGAGACGGAGGCGCUGGCAUCGGUGGGAGGCAGCAUGAUCAUUGGUGGCAUCGAUCGCUCGCUGUACGUGGGUGACAUCUGGUACACACCCAUCCGGAAGGAGUGGUACUACGAGGUCAUCAUCGUCAAGCUGGAGGUCAACGGGCAGGACCUGAACAUGGACUGCAAAGAGUACAACUAUGACAAGAGUAUCGUGGACAGCGGGACCACCAACCUCAGGCUGCCAAAGAAGGUGUUUGAGGCUGCAGUGAAAUCCAUCAAAACGGCUUCUUCGACGGAGAAGUUCCCGGAUGGCUUCUGGCUGGGGGAGCAGCUGGUUUGCUGGCAGGUUGGCACCACCCCCUGGCACAUCUUCCCAGUCCUGUCCCUCUACCUGAUGGGGGAGGCCACCAACCAGUCCUUCCGGAUCACCAUCCUGCCCCAGCAAUACCUGCGCCCCGUGGAAGACGUGGCCACCUCUCAGGACGACUGCUACAAGUUCGCCAUCUCCCAGUCCUCCACGGGCACCGUCAUGGGUGCUGUGAUCAUGGAGGGCUUCUAUGUGGUCUUCGACCGUGCCCGCAAGCGCAUCGGCUUUGCUGUCAGUGCCUGCCACGUGCACGACGAGUUCCGGACGGCGGCGGUGGAGGGGCCCUACCUGCACUCCAACAUGGAGGACUGUGGCUACAACAUCCCACAGACGGACGAGUCCACCCUGAUGACCAUCGCCUACGUGAUGGCAGCCAUCUGCGCCCUCUUCAUGCUGCCCCUCUGCCUCAUGGUGUUCCAGUGGCGCUGCUUCCACUGCCUGCGGCGGGACCACGACGACUUCGCCGAUGACAUAUCCUUGCUGAAGUGAUGGUGGAACGCAGGGGCGACCCCAGGGUGCAGCGCUUGCAAGCAGUGCCCGCGCCAUGCCUGCCUCCAGCCCUGCAACCAUCCAGCCCUGCUGCUGCUGCAGCGCGGGACAGCGCAUGGACCUGCCUGCCCAGGAGCUGGGACCCCGUGCUGGAACACUGCCUUAACCCGCGCUGGCAAGCGGCUGCCUAGGAACACGGGCUGUGGCCAAAGCCCGGCGUGCUGCACUGCAGGGGCUCAAUCCGUGCCACAGACUGCAGAUAAAGGGGGAAAUGCUACGGAGCCAGUGCGAGACUGGGGUGGUGCUGAGCACCUCGAAACCCCACCGAAAUCCAUGGAGAAGGGUCGGCGCGUCAGCCCGGGCUUCAGGACGAAGUACAGGAGAUAGGGAAGAGCAGCAGGAUGGUGCCUCUGAGCGGCAGCACCAGGCACAGCCUCUCCACAGGAGGGCCAUGGGGACGGGAUGGGUACCGCCGCUGUCGCUGCAGGCCCCAGUACUCUGUAACCUAUUGUCUGUGUAAGAACAAUGAAUGUUACCACGGUAAAUUAUUACUACAUUAAAAAAGAGACCACAAAAGCU